AACCCAACCAACAAAUAAAGGCCCAACCAAAAAGGCCCAAAAAAAAUAAUGAAGAAGUCUGGUGCAGUCCCAGAUGCGGAAGUUCACAACCAUGGCUUCCAAGAAACCUAAAGAAGAAGAGAAGAAGAAGAAGAGCAGCAGCUCCGGCAAGGAAGCAAAACCCCUGAAAACGCCGGACAAGAAAACCGGAACCCCUAAGAAGCAGAGCAAUUCGCAGCCUAAGUCCGAUAAUAAAAAUAACAGGAGUCGCAAUGGCACCGUGGACGAGUCUGAGGAUCCGGUCGACCUGUCUUCAAGCACCGAAUCUGAGGAAUCAGAACCAGAACGAGAAGAAGAAAGGAGUAUGAAGACGAAGAAUCAACGCAAUAAGAGCCCAAAACCCAAGAAAAGGAAACAAAAAGGAGGGGAAGAAGAAGAUGAUGAUGAUGAACAAAAGGAGGAAGCAAAGCUAUGUCGGUUUCCCAUGAAUAGGAUCAAGAGAAUAAUAAAGAGUGGAGAUUGUAAUAAGGGUAUCACCCAAGAUGCUAUUUUUCUGGUUAACAAGGCCACGGAGAAAUUCCUUGAGCGAUUCUGUGAAGAUGCAUAUCACUUUACAGUCAAGGAUCGUAGAAAAUCCCUUGGUUACAAGCACCUAUGUAAUGUCCCCUUUCUUAUUCUUUUUUCAUUAUGCCAUGGCUUGUAGUCCUGUACUUUGGCCCAAUGUGAGGAGUAGAGGAAGUAAAUGAAGAGCAAAAGAGAGAAUGUAGAAUGAAUAGCACAGAAUUUAAGGUUUCAGAACCUUUUAGCUCCAAACCAUGUAAAGUGGAUGGUUCUAAGGCUAGAUUUUUCAAGUAUCAUAUAUCUGGUUAUGAUACAAAUCUGUGAUCUGUAGAUUAAAACUAGGUUAAUGAGAAAGAAAUUAUGAUACAGAUCUUUCAUUAUUCAUGUGAAGAAAUGUUUCUGAGAUGUAAAAUAGACUUCCAACCAUGAAUACUAUAAAUAACAGUAAAAGAUUAGUAUCAAUGUUAGGAAAAGAUAUACAUAUUGAAGGUAACUGAUUCACCAAGCUUCUAGGAUGCUUCUGUAUUGUUGCUCAUGUUUUGUCUUGUCGAAUUGUUGUCUUCAUACCCUCUUUCUUUCUUUUUCAGCAUCAGUUGUAAGUAAACAGAAGAGAUAUGAAUUUAUAUCGGAUUUUGUUCCUGAGAAAGUGAAAGCUGAGGAUGCUUUGAAAGAGAUGAAGUUAUCUGAAAACAAACUUGGAUAGCCUCUUGAAAUGCAUGCUAGCAAUAGCAGCAAUGAUCUUGCACUCCCUGUUUUGAGCAGCUUUGACUAUCAGGCUCUUUUCACAGGCUUGUUCUAUUUUUCUGACAGUAUUGCUGUUUUGAAAUGGCUGAAGAUCUUUUUGCAAUUGGAUCUCCACCUGAGAAUAUUUUCCCCUCUAGAGUUUUAUAUAUGGUGAAAAUAUUGAUGCAGUCAUUAGAAAAAUGGAAAUUUACAUUUCAUC